AUGAAAUUCAUUUUUAUUUUAUUAGGUUUAUUAUUAAGUGUUGCAGUAUCAUCUGCAUCAUUAUAUCCAUGUGGUCCACAUAGUUGCCCACCAAACCAAGUAUGUCGUCAAAUUGAUAGUGUUUGCAAUUGUAUUCCAAUCAAUGAUUGUCAUGAAGUUACAUUGACCUUCAAAUUUAUUGGCUCCUGGAAAGAUGGUUCACGUAAUGAUAAAGUAUAUUCCCAAUAUGAUGUUAUCAUCACCAAUAAUUUGAACCGUGACAUUAAAAAUAUCUACAUUGGCAGUGACUACACUCUUAGACUUCGUGAUGGUACUUCAAUUUGGAAUGUUGUACGUUUACCAAAUGGAGUUUUAACUCUUCCAUCUUACCAACCAUCCAUCAAUUCUAAUGCACAAUACACUUUUGGUUUCAUUAUUGAAGGUACUCAACGUCCAAAUUUACAAGUUCUUUCUGUUACAUUUUAA